GUUUUGGCGGGACAAACUGUCAUCUUAUCCUGCAAAGUUGCCAAUCUCGAGGACCGAAUGGUUCUUUGGAUGCGUACUUCCGACUUGAGCGUUCUCACAAUGGGCGAUAUGACAUUCACGCAGGACCGACGUGUCAGUUCUGAAUAUCAGCAUGGAGAUGACACCAGCUGGGGAUUAGUUAUAAAGAAUGUGCAGCAUUCCGAUGCGGGUCGUUAUGAAUGCCAAAUUAAUACGGAACCAAAAAUGAAACGUUAUGUAAAUUUGGUGGUCAAAGAACACCAACAAAUGGAUACGCCUUUCUAUGGGACACAAAUUUUCGGAUCCAAGGAACAAGUUGUCAAACCACACAAUACAGUCAUCUUAAUAUGCAAAUCAAUCUUGCAAGAUACCAAUCCAAAAGAGCAUGAUUUCAACCACUUUCCAUCGAAAUCAAUUGAAUGGUCGAGAAAUGAUGAGAUUUUGAAUGAAAAGAUGCCGAGAGGUGUCCUGAUAGAAAUAGAGCACAAUUCCCCAAUUGUCAUAAGUAAAUUAACGUUAGCUAACGUUGUCUCGGCUGACAGCGGAAUUUAUAGUUGUCGGUGCGGUGCACACAGUGACUCCAUUCAGCUGCAUGUCAUUGGAGGUGAAAAACAUCAAACAUUGCUGGGCUCAUUCUCGUCAUGUGUGAAAAUUUCAGCAGACAGCUUUCUUCUACUGAUUUUGUCAUCAUUGCUCGUCGUCUUGAUUUAAAUAAGAAAAAAAGGGCGACGAGAAAGAAUUUGUUGAUUU